AUGUAUUUUGAUUUGUGGAUAAUCUCUGGAGUUUGUGUGACAAUAUCAGUGGCCCAGGAUCGUACUGUGAUUAUGGAUGAUGACCCUAAGGUGUCCUCGUGUGACCCGGAUGUGCCCUCCAGGCUGAUCCCUAUUAACGCAGACGACGAAGAGUUUCAAAGAUCAGGCCUGGUCUGUAAAGAGGGUGAGUACCUGGACUGGUACAAGUGUUCGCCGUGUGAGCAGGGAACGUUCAGGACAAAGCUGAUGGCCAGUUCGGACAGACUGUCUAUGUGUCUUAAAUGUCAGGAACCUGGCAUGUAUGAGAUAGUGAAAGAACCGUGUACAAGGACCAGGGACGCUAAGAUCACGUGUGAGGACGGAUUUUACCGAUACAAAGUUCAAGGACAACCCUGUGAGUCGUCCUGCAUCCGGUGUGAUAUCUGUGGCGUCAAGAAAAACAUGUUUAAACCUUUUGAAGCCAGGGAGUGUGGAGGCUAUCAGAACACAGUGUGCUGCAAAAAAGACUCUAUGAUUGUGGUGCAAGGCCAAUGUCUCGAACCAAUGUCAACAACUUAUAAAGCUAUAGCUCUGAAGAUUGAAAAGGCCACCCCGAAAAAUGAGCUUCUGUCUCAUGUGAACGACGAGUCUAUGAAUGGAAAUGAUUUCGAACGGAAUGUUGGGUGUAAAUGUGAUCUCUUUCUUGAGAUCAAAUACAUCGUGUUAUUUCCCCUUUUUAUAAAACGUGUAUUUUAUUUUUAAAUAAAUUAUCCAAGACCAAAAAUAAAACUAUAACGCCUCGCCUAAUAUUUUGAACCUGUACU